AUGGGUUCUAUUGAAAGCUCGGGAUCAGAGGUCGUCACCAUUGAUGUUCAAGCUGCCAAGGAUCUGCUCAAGUCUGGCUAUGGUUAUAUAGAUGUCAGGACGGUGGAGGAGUACAAGAAAGGGCAUGUGGAUGCAGAGAAGAUUUUAAACAUUCCUUACCUGUUCAAUACACCUGAAGGGAGGGUAAAAAAUCCCCAAUUUUUGCAGGAGGUUUCAUCUGCUUGCAACAAAGAGGACCUUCUUGUUGUGGGUUGUCAAAGUGGGGUCCGAUCUCUUUCUGCAACUACUGAUCUUCUGACUGCUGGUUUCAAGCAAGUGAACAACAUGGGAGGAGGCUAUCUUGCUUGGGUAGAGCAUCAUUUUCCUGUUACUAAGCCAGAAGAUGCUGGCAAAAAAGAUCAAGAAGUUGACCAACGAAAGAAGGCAGAAGAUGAGCUCUAA